AUGAGUCCUGGACAGACGCUGAGAGCUUUCGUGACGGCGCGGCUGGCUGCGGCUGCGGAAGACAUUUUUGAGCUGUUUGAAAGAACGAUAUUGGAAUAUGAGGAGGAGCUGUGUCGAUGCAAAAAGAAGAGGAGACAAGAGGAGGCUCAGGAUGAGGAGAGGAGACAGGAGGAGGCUCACGAUGUUCAGACAGCUUCCCAGACAUUUGGUCCCGAUUUCACCCAUGAAACUGCAGAGACUCCACAGGUGAAAGAAGAACCGGAGGAAGAGAGGCUCAAGGAGGAGGAAGAGGAGCAGCAAGACAAUGACCCGGAGUACAGUGUCGCUCAUGUGAAGACCGAGACACGGAUCUCCUCUGAGACCACGAGACAGACCGAGGCCUUUACUCACACAGACGACGAGGAAGACUGGAGGGAGAUGGACACUGAGGCAGAUGUAGACCACUACAACCAAGCCCAGAGAGCCACAAGUUCAGGUCUGUGCCCCAAAUACAAGUCUGCAGUAGAGAUCGGGGGAGAUGUGGGGUCCUCCUCAGACACCGAUGACGACGACGACGACAACGAUUCUGAAAUGACGUAUCCGGAGAUGACCGAAAACCCAGAAGACCUGACCGGAACUGCCCAAGGAGAUGACGUCCGGCAGUUUCAAAGCAGAUUUCUGGCAAAGGAGAAAGCUCACCACUGCCCGAGCUGUGAUAAAACCCACGACUCACAGCUCCUGAGCCGCAACUCACAGCUCCUGAGCCGCGACUCACAGCUCCUGAGCCGCGACUCACAGCUCCUGAGCCGCGACUCACAGCUCCUGAGCCGCGACUCACAGCUCCUGAGCCGCGACUCACAGCUCCUGAGCCGCGACUCACAGCUCCUGAGCCGCGACUCACAGCUCCUGACUAAAUUGAUAACCGUGAGCCACAACUUCUGGCUGCUGAGUCGCGGCUCACAGCGCCUGAGUCACGCGAGUCACCGGAAGUUGCCAGCCUUGGUGACGGCGCGGCUGGCUGCGGCUGCGGAAGACAUAUUUGAGCUGUUUGAAAGAACGAUAUUGGAAUAUGAGGAGGAGCUGUGUCGCUGCAAAGAGAAGAGGAGACAAGAGGAGGCUCACGAUGUCUCCCAGAUGUUUGGUCUAAACCAGGAGACUCUGUGUACCCCUCAGACCCCCCAGGUGAAAGAAGAACAAGAGGAACCAAGGCUCAAACAGGAAGAGGAAUUGCCGCAAGUGCUUUUUCCGAAAUGCCACGUGAAGCUUGAAUACAUAAGGAUAGACCCACAGAUCCAGUCUGUAGACGAGGAAGACCCGAAGCCCGAGACUGUGGGAGAACUGGAGCCUGAAGCCGAGGGAGACCCAGAGCCCCCUCACACAGACACUACAGAGGACCGCAGCGUUCCCGUGUCUGCACAAGAGCGCUCCAUAAACACUGCGCACUCGUCCGAAGAGAAGCCCAGGAAACACCAGUGUGACAUUUGUCAGAAAAGAUUUGUGAGAAAAGACUGUUUACGAAUGCACAUCAGAACUCACAGCAAGGAGAAACCUCACCGCUGUCCCAUCUGCAGUAAAGCCUUCACCCUCAGAUCCACUCUAACCGGGUUUGUGACGAGCUACUGUCUGACGAGGCACAUGGGCUCACACGCCCGCAAACAGCUCAACGCCCUAAGGAAACAUCUGCAGAUGGCUUCCUUGAGUCCUGGUCCUGGUCCUGGUCUGAACCCACAGACUCCACAGGUGAAAGAAGAACCAGAGGAACAGAUCCUCAAUCAGGAGGAGGAUCAGCUCCCAGUGUGUCUCUCAAAGAUCGUUGCGGUGCGUGUAAAAACAGAAGAGUCGAGUUCUGAUUAUGAUGAAGAGGAGGAGCAGAGAAGCAGCGCUGCACAAAGCUCAGGCGUCCAAAGAGCUGACCCCGAUCUGAACCAGGAAACUCCAUGUACCCCAUGCACCCCAAAGGUGAAAGAAGAACUAGAGGGACAGAGGCUCAAACAGGAGGAAGAGGAGCAGAAAAAGCCAGAGUCCAGAGUUGUGAUAGUCAAGACUGAAGAGUCGCCAGUGUCUGAGAACUCUGACUUCACUUCUGACAACGAUGACGACUGGAGAGCUCCCUUCAGCUGCUCAGUUCCACCAAUGGAGACAGAAGCCACAAGAAACGACGGCAAGAGAUUCCAGUGUUCCUUUUGGCUGUCAAACGAUUAA